AUGGGCUUACUUGAACGCCGGAAGGCGAUCGAAGAGGAGAUUGCCCGCACACAAAAGAACAAGAAGACAGAAUACCACAUUGGUCGUUUGAAGGGCCAACUGGCGAGGAUAAAAACGGAAAUGAUGGAAAACGCCACAAGGGCCGCAGGGGCACGUGGUGGUGAUGGUUUUGAAGUUCGGCGGAGCGGCGACGUUCGGUGUGCUCUCGUGGGUUUUCCAUCCGUUGGCAAGUCGUCUUUUCUCUCACGCGUUACAACAACAGAAAGUACGGCGGCGGGUUAUGAAUUUACGACACUCACAUGUAUUCCAGGGAAACUAAUGCACAGGGGAACCGAAAUACAGAUUUUGGACUUACCCGGUAUCAUUGAGGGGGCUGCGGAGGGUAAGGGUCGUGGGAGACAAGUCAUUGCAACGGCUCGAACUGCCGAUAUGAUCAUCUUAAUGUUAGAUGCCGCUAGGGCGGAGGCACAGCGGGGAAAAAUUGAAGCGGAGUUGGAGACGGUUGGUAUCCGUCUUAAUCAAAGUUUCCCGGACGUGACGUUCAAGAAGAAACCCUCAUGCAGCAUGAAUGCAAUUGGCUUUACAUCAACCGUAAAACUAACGAAAGGUAUGUCUGAAGGAUUAGCGAAGGACAUUCUGAAGGAUUAUGGUAUUCACAACGCGGACGUCAUUAUACGGGAAGAUAUAACAAUUGACCAGUUCAUUGAUGUUAUUGAGGGAAACAGAAAGUACAUGCCCUGUCUCUACAUAUACAAUAAAAUAGAUACCAUUACAAUGGAGGAGAUGGACCGGCUUAGUCGACUGCCCCACUCAGUGGUACUUUCACUUCACUGGGACUUAAAUGUAGACGAGGUCAUUGACGAAAUUUGGGAGCAUCUUAACAUCAUCCGUAUUUACACGAAGAAGCACGGUAGCCACCCCGACUUUACAAAACCGUUCGUGGUCAAAAGGGACGCAACCGUAGGUCAUAUAUGCAGGCGAAUUCAUAAGGACAUUGUCUCACGGUUUAAGUACGCCCUUGUCUGGGGUACUAGCUCAAAGCACCAACCGCAGCGUGUGGGAAUACAACAUCAACUGGCAGACGAGGACGUUCUUCAAAUAGUGGUUAAAACGUCUAACGAAUAA